GCGACGCCGACGGGUAAACCUCUGCCGCACCGCACGAAACCUCUGGACUCUGAACUUAUCAGAUUCAAAUCGACAACCGAUUUCCGAUCGUCCCUCCAUUUUCUCUCUUUAUUUGCAUUCUCCGAUGGCUCUGACUCAGCUCUUGUACCUUCCAUCUUCUUCAUCGAUAAUCUCCCACAAGCCCCAGUCAAAUCCCGCCGCUAAACCCUUCCUAACGUCACCGUCUCGCCUCCGUAGCCGUGGCCUGCGGCGGCCACACCCCGAUUCCCUUCGCUGCCUUGCUUCUUCUUCCUUCUCAGAGACUAACCACACCUACUCCCCGAAAUCGAAUGACCCAAUCGAACUCCCGCUCUUCCCUCUACCCCUGGUGCUCUUCCCCGGCGCCAUUCUCCCACUCCAGAUCUUCGAGUUCCGGUACCGGAUCAUGAUGCACACCCUCCUGCAGACCGAUCUGAGAUUCGGAGUCAUCUACUCCGACAGCACCACCGGCGCCGCCGAUGUCGGCUGCGUCGGGGAGGUCUUGAAGCACGAGCGCCUCGUGGACGACCGGUUCUUCCUCAUCUGCAAAGGGCAGGAGCGGUUCCGGGUCAGGAAUCUCGUCCGGACGAAACCCUACCUGGUGGCGGAGGUGACGUGGCUGGAGGACCGGCCUUCCGGGAACGGGGAAGAGGAUCUCGACUCGCUGGCGGCCCAGGUGGAGGCGUACAUGAAAGACGUGAUCCGGUUGUCGAACAGAUUGAACGGGAAGCCGGAAACUGCAGAGGCCCAAGAUCUGCGGCGCAACCUCUUCCCCACUCCCUUCUCCUUCUUCGUGGGGAGCACGUUUGAAGGGUCGCCCAGAGAGCAGCAGGCGUUGCUGGAGCUGGAAGACACGGCGACAAGGUUGAAGAGGGAGAAGGAGACUUUGCAGAACACUUUGAAUUACUUGUCUGCAGCCUCUGCUGUGAAUGACGUGUUUCCAUCUUCCUCCACAAGAGAAUGAAAUGAUCUGAGCAAGUAAGUAAGCAUCUGCAUGCCCUCAAUAGUUUGUGUAAUCUCUGUGCAAUUGAAUGAUACUUCUUCCAAUCUUCCUGUAAAUUUUGAUGGCUAGUAGUGUAGAUAUGUUUAUAAGUUUGAAGUUAAGAACCAAUUCCAACUUACUGCUAUAUGGUUAUGAUUCCACUCAAUCCAAGCACCAAUCAUAAAGGAUUUUAGAUCAUUUUCUUGUGGUGGGAUUGUAAGAUUGCAUGAUCUUAGCUACCAUAUGAGAUUAUUGUGAUUUUUAGAGAUCAUUGUGUUUCAUCGAUCGGUUGAUCAACAAUCAUC